AUGUAUAAAUUACAAGUCAUCUUAGUGCCACCUAGCGCUAGAGAUAGUCUAGUCCGAGGCAAUUUUAGAGUUGGCUCUGUUGAUUCAUUUCCAAUGAUGAUGCCUGGUCAAAACAUAAACCAACAAAAUCCCCAGCAAACAAUGGAAUCCGGUACUCAAUUCCAAAAUGGGGCGAUGAACAAUGAAAACACUAUGAACUUCAAUAGUUCCUUCAUGACGCCAUUAUAUCAAGCUCCAGUAAAUACUAAAAAAUUUCUACAUUUUACAAAACCUAACAAUUCAUUAUUAGUUCUUUCUGAAGAAAUUCAAAAGAAAUGUGAUAAGAUGUAUCCUAAUUUAACUGAACCAAUUGAUAUCUUAAGUCUCCAAGAUAGCACAGGAUGUGAUUUAGAUCCUGAUUUCAUUGUGAAAGAUGUUUUUAGUUUAGACAAUAUAGUAAAAGUUAUAUUGAGUGAUGAACUUGAAUCUGAUGAUAAUUCAAACACAUCUUUGUACCAAAGCAAUAAAAGAAGAAAACUCAAUGAGGGCAAGACAUUAAGUUCAGCAUCUGCCUCACAACAGGUACAAACUCAACAAAAUAGCAUAUUAAAUGUUGUCAAAAAACGUUCAGGAACCUCGACUGUAAAGCCAUCAGUAAAUAAUAAUAAUAAUAAUAAUAAUUUGAGAAUUUCCACUCCACUCGCGAAUCAAAUAUAUCCUUUGAAUAACCAAAAUAAAGUAUCAAAUAAUUCUGACGAUGAAGAUGAUAUCGUCGAUAGGUCAUUUUUACCUCCUCCUAAUCAACCGCAAUCUCCCCCUAUUCGCAUUAGUUCAGGAAUAGAUAAUUAUAAGAGGAUACGGAAUACUGUUGAAGAUACUGUCUCGAGAUCAGAGACUGUUGAUCCCGAUAAAUCUAAGCAGCAAAGGAUGUUUUCUGGAACUCCAGUUAGGACGAUGAUGACUCCAAACAGGGUAACAUUAACUGGUCAAAGAGUUAUGUCUGAAAACCUUGGAAAUGAUGCAACUUCUAGACAAGGGUUGGUAUUUGCCAGCACAUCAAGUAAGAUACCUUCAAAGACUCUAUCACCAAUAUUUACACCAAGAAUUGCAUCUGGGUCUCUAACGAUUCCCGAACCAAAAAUAUCUGAAGUUGAAAAAGAAUUAAGAGAAGGCCCUGCUAGUCCCUCUUCUAUCUUACCACCUAAGGCAUCAAAGAUUCCUAUGAAAAAACCUUAUAUAGAAAAAUCUCCCACUCCUGAAACAGACUCAUCCACAGACACUGACGAGGAAUUAAGACAGAGCAAGUCUCCAUCUUUUAUAAACGACCAUUCAUCGAGUAAAGAUAGUCCCUUCAAUCAGCAAUCUUCCUCACAAGCUGAAGUAGUUACAACAAUAGAACCGAUUAAAGAUGUAAAAAAAUAUAGAGGCCUAUCUGAUUCAAAAACAAGUAGAAUCGAAUCCGCGAUUAAAAGAAAAUCAUCUCUAGAAUCAAAAUUGCAGAACAAAUCUUUCACAACAUUUACUCAGAAUGGCAAAGAGGAAGAAUUGAGAAGAAUGGAUCAUUUUUCUGAUGAAGAUGAAGACGAAGAAGAAAAUAAUGUCAGUAUUCAACCUGGUUUAGCAAAAAAUGUCCCAUUUGAUGGUACCCAAUCCGAGGUGUCUGAAACCAUGAACUCCAAUGAUGUAACUGAAGACGAGUUUGUUAACGAUACCGUCAACCAUAUAGAACUUCCGGACAAGCUUACUAACCCUACCAGUGCCAUCAUAAAUCAUCCUUCAAUACAUAAAUCAGAUCUCUUGAAUAUGGUUGGAAAUGGAUCACCUGUUAAUCUUCUACACCAGAAAAAUACUAUUUUAAGAAAACCAUUUGACGCAAGUACAUUUAAUAACGCUAUUCCUCCACAUUCACACACUAAGAAUGAUUAUUCCAAUAAUACAACCUCAAAAAAUAUCGUCACUUCACAGAAAUCUGAACAAAGAAAUCUUGCAAACGAUGACUCACUUCUGUUCGAUAUAUCUGGCGUAUCACAAAAUACUGUGAAUAACCAAUCACCAGAUACCCCUAAGACUGAUCUCUAUUCGUUGUUUAUGAAAAGACAAGAAAAAGCAAGCGUAUCAAUAUCGUUAAAUGAUGGCCAGCAAACAAUUCAAACUAAAUCGAGGGAAGUGACCAAGAAAAUAAAUGAACCGAUAGUGUCACCUCUAAAAGACUCAAAUAUUAUUGUUUCGCAAAAUUCUGAACCUAAUUUGUCAAUUGAAACUGGAAAGAAUAGCACCACUAGUUUAUCCGCCGAAAAUGAACUUCUGGUAAAUAAGACAGAGACAUUUAAAAAUAAAAUUUCUAAACCUAAGGAAAGUGCUACUACAAACACAAAGCCUGAGAUACCAGUCAAAUCGCAACUGAACAAAAUUCUAUUAAACAAAACAUCUGUAAAACCUCCAAUAGCUCAGAAAAUACUGAAAAUAAAGAAUGACCCUGUAAUCGAAACUACUAAGACAGAAAAUAACGUCUCUAAAGAGCACGAUUUACCAGCACCAAAGAUAAUCUCCCAAGGGAAAUCGACAACCGUAUCCGCUAAGAUUAAAUCUACUAGCGCCGUAGAAGAUACCUCAAAACUUUCGCCUUUGAAAGUUUCUUCUGGUACUGGUGAAAUCAUCAGCGGGAGAGAACUAGGAAAAUCAGUGAGUAUAUCUACUAGAUAUGAACCUUCUAUAGGUGGAAAUAAGCGAAGUGCUACUACCUCUCUAGCUCAUCACGAAAAGAGACAAAAAAAUUCUGAAGAUUCUGAAAAUAAGGAAGAAGUUACCAAAAAGUCACAGGAGAAGCCAAUUCCGAUGAUUACCAAAAAUAAUCUAGUUACAUCGAAAACUGUUAUGGAACUGGCCAACAGUCCUACCCCUGAAAAAUUAACCAAGAAUCCAGACAUGAUGGACAAUGACCAAAAAGAACCAAAACUUGUAACUCCAGUUAAUAAUGACAAGGUUAGUAAAUCUAAUGGCUGGAAGAAGGGUGAUAUAUCAAAUGUUCAAGUUAUACGUGAAAAGGCUAAUGCAAGAAACAAAAGUAAUGUCACAGUAUCUUCUGGCAGUAAUGACUCAUCAUCAGAUGAUGAAUAUAAUGAAGAAGGGGAAGAAGGAGCAAGAAAUAUCAUCAUUCAAAAUCUUUCGCAGAACAAAUCUAUAAAUGAAGAAAAAUUUAUUAAUAGACGGGCUAAUGCUAAGUCUGCUGAACUCAAGAAGGUAUCAAUUAUUUCAAAACCAAAAACAGGUACGAAGAAGAAUGUUAACAUAAAGACUGAUACCAAGAAGACUACAAGCAAUACAAAGACUGAUGUAAGGAAGGAGAACGUAAAACCUGAGACCACCGAAGGCAAUAAGUCGGGAGCAAAACAAGGGGAACAAGAUAAGAAGAAUGUAGUUAAAAAUUCUAUAGAAAGGUUAGGUCCUGUUUUGGCAACGCCUUUGGUGGCAAAUAAAGUCCCAGAGGGCUCUAAUUCAAAACCAUAUGUCAGUUUGAAGAAUAAAGAUAAGUUACCACAAUUAACGAAAACAGAAAAUAAAGAAAGUGCAAGUGCAAGUGCAAGUUCUAUCGAUGGAUCAGACGAUUCAAAUGAUAAUUCUGAUGAAAGUUCCGGCGACGAUAGUUCCAGUGAUGAUGAAUCGAAUCGUCGUAUCAACCUUGUUAAAAAAUACGAAGCCAGUAAAAGAACAACUUCUGGAAAUAAUGGUAAGAGGAUUAUCAGAAGCAAAACUACCGAAGGGACGAAACCUUCGCCCACUAGGAGUGGACCACCAAAACCUAAAAUAUUCCAAACUCCUGAGUACCUCGAAUCUGAUUCUGAUUCUGAUUCUGAAACUGAGACCAAACAAAAUGUGAAGGAGAAACCAAAGAAGGACAGCAACAUUGCUAAGGGCUCACAGUCUAUGGAAUUUUCGGGAAAUAUUGUCGUUUCGAAAAAUGUGGACAACGCAUAUAAACAGACUAGUCAUAUCAAGCCAGAUAUUAUUGAUUCUAAUAAACUAGAGGGUGAGGUUCCUGAAAUAUCAAAAAGCACAAUCAAAACUUUAAAAUCAAGCCCUAUUAGUAACCAUAAACCAAGAAUCGAGAAUAACUCUUCUUCGUUUUCCACUGAUGACUCCUCAGAUGAUAGUUCAUCUUCAGACGAAUCUUCAGACGAGUCUUCAUCUUCUUCAGAUGAAGAUAAUUCUGUGAAUAGUAGAAAGUCAAGAAGAAAGAUCGUUGCCCCACCUAAAGGGAAAGUGAAUUCAAGAGUACCAUCGCAAAAGAACUCUGAUGAAACUAUAUUCAAGGAAUCAGAUAUGGUUACUUCUACCCAGAGAGAAUCACCCGAAAAAGCGAAGACACAGAAUAAUAAAUCGACUUCAACAGUAGAAAAUUCUGUUGAGGAUGUUCCUGAAUUACCAAAGAAAAUUCGCCCAUCCUUAAUAUCACUUUCAGAUCUUGCCUCUAGAGGUAUCCCUGAUGUAAAAGAUAAAAGUAAGUUGGGAAACAAUAGAAUAGGAGCCAAGAAAUUAACAGGUGGUAAUUCUCAAUCUAACGGUGCAGUGUCAGAAAGUGAAUCAGAAAGUGAAUCUAGUUCUAGUUCUGAUUCAGAUAGUGAUAUCUCGAACUCUAAACCUGGUCCAGACUCAAACUCAGACUCGGACUCAAAUUCAGAUUCAGAUUCGGACUCCAGUGGUAGUUCUUCAUCCUCUUCAGAAGAAGAAGCUAGUUUUAUUAGUGCUAAAUCAGCCAGUGCUGCAUUAGGGAAAAGGAAGAAGAAACUAAGUGGUGGAUUUGCAUCAUUAUUGAAACAAUCCAAGAGGAAAUGA